CCCCCUCAAGUUGGAGCAUAUAGAUUGUAGAUGCCCAACUUGAGAGGGGGUAUUACAAUAUGGAAGAUCGUAUAUGUAUAUUUGAGUAAAUACUUUAUGGCAACUUGUAUUGUUUCUUUUUCCAUUAGGUAGACAUCGUGUAACACAUAUACAUAAGGCCUUUGGCCGUCAAUGAAUAAGACAGAAGAAUACUUUGAGAUUCAAAGUUUGUCAUGGUAUCAGAGCCAGGUUGACGAGAAAUCUGCAAAAGACCCAUCGAGUUAGGAAUGGGAGGUAUAUGGCAGAGAUCAAGUCAAAAGAUCCUGAAAGUCAGUUGUGGGACACAAGAUGAAUAUGGUCCUUAGUUUGAGGGGGAGAAUAUAAGAUAUCAAACUAAGUCCCACAUUGGAGAAUUAGACAAGAAGUGUAUAAUAUAUAAAGAGAUGUCCAACUCUAAUUAGUACGAGGCUUUUUGGGAAAAAGUCCAAAAGUAAAUCCAUGCGGGCCAGCCAAUUAGGCCCAAAGUGGACAAUAUCGUACUAAUCGGAUAAUAUAUAGUUGGACAUGGGCUCACACAAUUCCAACAAUUGGUAUUAGGGAUAUAUAUCUCACAUCGGGAAUUCUAAGGGAUAUUAAGUAAUAGAUAAAGGGUUAUGGCCAAUCCACUAAUCACCAAUUGGUUUUAAGUUGGAAGCUCAUAAUUAAACCUGAAUCUAACAUGGUAUCAGAGCCCAGAUCCUAAAUACCCUAAACUCCUAAUUAAAAAUUAAAAUUAACCCUUCUGACCGGGUAUAAAGGUCGUGAUUAACCCUUCCAACCGGGUAUAAAGGUUGUGUUAAACUCGCUCGACCGAGUAUAAAUGUCCUAAAGUUCCUAGAUUUCUGGCCGAUAAGAGCCAUUAUUCCGAGGAGGGGUAUUAGGGAUAUAUAUCCCACAUCGGGAAUUUUAAGGGACAUUAAGUAAUAUAUUAAGGGUUAUGGCCAAUCCACUAAUCACCAAUUGGUUUUAAGUUGGAAGCUCAUAAUUAAACCCGAAUCUAACGGACCACAAAAAUACAUGUGUUCAAAAGUCAUCAGAUUUUACAAUAUGAAAACAUAGGUUUUUUAUAUUUUCACUAGUUAUUGGCUAUACACUAACUAAUAAAUUAAGAAAGAAAAAAAUGUAGUGAAUUUAUAAAGCUGUGUGAAUCAAACUCGUUAUACGCACUAGUAACAAACUUUAAACUAAACGUAACUAGUGUAGAUAUGGAGGCUUUUUAGGUAAUUAAUUCAAUGUAAUUAAUCACCCUUAUUUGGGUUAAGCAUGAUUUCCCGAGUUAUUCACAGAUUCUCUAAAUCUUCCAUUAAUAUAUUUUCCUUUUUAUUGAUUAAAUUACUUUUUGAUAAAUCUAAAAGAUCACAAGUCUUUGUUGACUUAGAUCUUUCUGUUUGGUGUUUCUCCUUCUUUUUAGUCUCUUAUUCUCUCCUUAGCUUCCUCUCCACGAUUACUCAGUUCUACGAUGACUGACCAGAACGGAGAUGCGCAUCCGGUGGUAGACUCUCCGUCGUCUCCAUAUCAUCAACUUCGACAGGAUACUCUCAGAGCGUACGAGACUAUGUAUGGCUCCUUGGACAAUCAUUACUCACUUGGAAACACACCCUUCUCUCCUUUGUCAGAUUUGCAAAUCCUAGAAUCGAGUUUUGGAAGAUUGGGUGUCUCGGAUCCAAACGCUCGUCAACAGCAGCUACUUGAUCAUCGUCGAAGCAAUCAAUAUCCUUUUGGCGGUCGAGAUCGAGGUAUGAAUGUCCGUGACUACCAUAACCCUUCGUAUUAUCCGCAUCCAACUGAACGAGAGCAGCUUGAUCAGGCUGGGCAGAGACUGUGGUUUAGUCAGGAUAAUCAUUAUGAUGUUUAUAAGUCAUAUGAUAAUGGUUCUCAUGGGCGUAGCAAUAGUGGCUUGACGGGUCGUCCUCCUUAUAUUGGCUUCAACGGAGAUCUAGGAGAGGUUCCUUUAACCUCACGUAAUCAUAAUUUAUGUGAUCAAAGCCCUUGGAGUUUUUCACAUGUGCCUGGAACCCCCACUAAUCGUCAUGAUCCCUACACCAUGGAUAACUCUAGAGCUAAAGAUACCAUACUUUCACGUGCUAAGGACGUUGUGGAGUCUGCUAAGUUGCAAAAAGUGAUUGUGGAAGGCUCAAGGGACACAGUUCAUAAAAUAUUUGACGAGUUGAAAACACAUGUUUGUGAGCUGAUGGUUGACCCGGUUGGCCAUCAAGUCUUUCAAAAGAUUAUUGAGAAAUGCACCGGUGAACAGACCACCCAGAUUUUGGAUUUAGUGAUUCAACAACCUAUUCAGUUUGUCAGAAUUUGUGGCGAUACUCAUGGAACUCGUGCAAUACAAGAUUUGAUGCGGUCUCUUUGUUCUGAAGAGCACAUAUCCCGCUUUAUGCAAACUAUAUGCCAUGUUGCACUACUCUUGACUAAAAGCACAAACACGAACCAUGUGAUUUCGUUCUGCUUCCGUCAUUUUUCUCCUUUACAAACCCAUUGUCUUCUUCAAGUGAUUGUUCAGAAUUGUUAUCAAAUUGCACUUGAUCAGCACGGAUGUUGUAUGCUUCAACAAUGCAUUGGAAAAUCCCCUCGAGAAAUAAGGGAUCCUUUGAUUAGUGGCAUACUCACUAACUCUCUGAGCCUAUGCAUAAACCGCUACGGAAACUAUGCGGUCCAGUAUGUGUUGGAAAUGGAAAAUUGUCAAGUGGCAGCGUCUCUAGCCCAAUAUCUAGAUGGGCAUUACGUGCAACUCUCUUGUGACAAAUUUGGGAGUCAUGUUGUGCAAAAGUGUUUGGAAACUAGACAAUUUAACUCGAGGAGGAUCAUAAACGAGCUGAUAAGUGACAUUGAUUCAAUUCUUGUUGAUCGUUUCGGAAACUAUGUGAUUCAAACUGCAUGGGUGGUAUCUCAGGAUGAUAUGCGGAGUAAAUUGUUGUAUCAUAUCAACAAGAAUUAUCCUUUAAUGAGGUGCAACAUGUACGGAAGGAAAAUACUCGAGAAACUCAGUCUCUGGAUAUAGAACAACAUAUCAGGAGUAAGAUAUCGAGCCACGAUUAGAAGUUAAUGUUUGGUGUGUUUUUGUCUUUUGUCUUUUGACUUUGACUUUGACUUUGACUUUGACUCAUGUUGUCAAUCAGUGUUUAUGUGCUUUAUUUGUUACGUGUUUUCUUUUAGAUUUGUGUUGUAGUUUCAUUAGUCAUGGUCUUUUAUAUUCACCCAUCAAACAGGCUUUUAACUAUUAAAAGUCUUCUUGUGUCGAAUGCUUUCAAUCGUAAUUGUUUUCA